CGAUCGGAUCCAUCGAUGGAUGGGCCUGUCAAUUCCUUCCUCGUCUGCUCAGUCCGGCCCGGCCCGGCCCAAUCGAAACUGAAAGUGUCGUCCAGCCAGCCACGUGGCUCCGGCAGCAAUGGGCGUUUAUCCGACGACGGACUCGGCUCUCAUUCUCAGCGACUGCCCACCACCCAGCCUUUGCCUUGCCCGUACCCUUUCCUUUCCCGGCGGCGGCACCACGGAGCGGCAGCGAUGCUCCACGUGCGCGCCAACCCGCUCGCCGCCAUUCCGGUGUACUUCUCCACGUCGCCGGCGGCGUUCCCUUGGCCCUCUUCCUUAUCCACCACUGCCGCGCGCUGCUCCGUCGGCUCCACCGCUAGGCUCGCCGCCGCCGUGCAGUUCGAUCCCCUCCGCUACGGAUCCGGCUCCGAACCUUGGAACCAGACUGACGGCGUGGUCACCGCGGAGGGCGACGAAGAGCAGCAACGCGAUGACUCGGAGGGGGAGGGGGACUCCAACGACUGGGAAGAGGAAGGGCCCCAAGGAUCAGACUCCAAAGGCAUCUCCGGCAUCCACGUGCCGCGCCAGCGCUACAUCGCCGUCCCCAAGGCGGCCCUCCUCGACGCCGUCCUAUCGCAGCUCGCGUCCGACGCCGAAGCCGCGGACUUCAAGCGCUGCGCCAGAUGCUUGGACGCCAUCCUUCACGCCGAGCACAAGAGGAUGCUCGAGGAGAUGCGCACCUCCUACAUGCUCACGCAACGCCACCAGGAGGAGGGCGAUGGCACUGCCACUGCCACUGACAAUUCUUCGACCUCCGACGUCGUCAACGGCAAAGCCUCCUCUGGAUUUUUCGGCAUUACCCAACAAGACGGCACCUUGUUCCUUACUAGAAGCUUAGGCUUGAGAACUCUGCUCGGAUUAACCCCAGACCCUGAUUCCCAGACCAGAGUUGCUUUUGCAACUCAGUUUCAGCGCUCCUUCAUGAACCUACUACGCAAUGCUCAGUUUGAAGAGCUCUCCGCACAAGAUCUGCUCUUGACGUACGCCCUGAAUAGCGAUUACCUCCUCACGCUGCCCAUUUAUGUCGAUUGGAAGAAGGCUGCUCAAUCUAAUGCAAUAAUAUUCAGGCGUGGAUAUGCGACCGAGAGACAGAAAGGCCUCCUGUUGGUUGAGAAACUUGAUUACCUUCAAUCAAAAUUCUUGCAGAAUGUCUUCUUCAGCCUCUCCAAGCCCUUGAAAAAGCCAGGCAAAUGGCUUAAUGAGGCUUUGAAAAGAUCAACAGAUAAUCCGGGAUUUCAGAUCUGGAUCGACAAAUUAAGAAUCUGGCUUAAAGAGCAAACUUAUGCAGAUAAUUCACUGCUGUUGAUAGAAACAUGGGACAAGCUUAGUUCUGAUCAGUUACCUGAUGCAGAUGUUCCUAUUUGGAUCGCUGCACAAAGGGCAGUCUCUCGUUAUGAAGGAAUCCUGUCACCUGUUGGUCCUCGUGGAAGACUGUUAAGAAGAUUGCUUAAAUGGACUGGAUUAAUACCUUCUCUGCCAGAAGCAACAAUAAGAUCCAACAAUGAAACUAAACAUGUUGAAGGACAUGUGAGGCCAAACUUUCUACCAAGAAUUACCCUUGCUAAUAUAUGGGAACCUGCAAGCAGAGAAUCUUGCAAUAACAAUAUCUGGGAGAUAGUGAAAGCUUCUUUUGGUAUUCUGUUUGGGAGGUCUACUCUUCAGGAACCUGCAUUCCAGGAGUUAAUACUACUUUACACUGAUGAAGCUGCUCAAAGUGAAAACAAGGAUACAUCUGAGAUGCUUCCACUACAACUGAAAAUUUAUGAGAGGAUUCCGAUCCCAGAUCUGCCAGUAGUUUUCCCCCACAAGAAACUGUCCUUCCGCAUCCUAGAUACAGUAAGGCUAGAUAUUGCUACUGUAAUAGGUCUAUUGGCAUAUGUCGUCAACUACAAAUUUGAGAGUUUAGCCUCAUCUCCGUCAGCUUUUCUUCUUGAUAUAGUUGCUGGUAGUGCACUUGUCAUACUUGCGUUCCGUGUGGCACUGGGCUACAAACAGACCCGGGAUAGAUACCAGCUUCUGGUGAAUAAAACACUAUAUGAGAAGACGUUGGCAAGUGGGUUUGGCUCGGUUUACUUCCUUCUCGAUGCUUCUGAGCAACAACAGUACAAAGAAGCAUUUUUGGCAUAUGCUAUGUUACUCUGCAGAAAGAAGUAUCAGGUAUCAACUCGUGCAAGCAUAAAAGAUACAUGCGAGCGGUUUAUGUACGAGAAAUUCAAGGCAAAGAUUGAGAUGCCGAUUGACAAGGCUAUGGAGACGCUAGUGCGGCUAGGGCUGGUGAUUGAGCUUCCGACCGAUGACGGGUCAAGCGUGAUUGGUCUCCCAUGUUCGGAGGCAUAUGAGAUCCUGAAAAGCCGUUGGGACGGCUUGUUGGAACAGGAGACAGAGCAAGGCUGAUGAGUGAUGAGACAUGUACAUUGGUGGUUUUCUGUUCCUGGAGUGAAGUGGAAUGCAGUGCAGAGACCAUUGUUGCAGUAAAUCGGAUAGAGGCGGUGCUGGUACUUUGUGCUGCUUGACGUGUCGGCAAAGCUGAGGCAAAGACGUAUGCGUUGCAUCUGAGAUGAGAUUGAGCUCUCUCUUAUUCUUAUAGGAAGGAGUACUAGCAACAUACACAUAGCAGUAUAUAUACCAGUUGUGUAUAGUAGUGGAUAUUCACGCACUAGUAUUUCAGAGAAGAAGAUCGAGCAGGCGAGACGACAGAUGAUGCAAAUGAAGCGAGAUGCAGAUGGAUAUGGAUGGAGAAAUCGAUGAGGUGGUACUUACUGUAGAUAGGUACGUACAUAUAUAUGCUUGUAUCAUUGUUGCAACUAUAUAUGAUUGUAGGUUCUACCAAGUGUAUGUGUAUAUUUAGUUCUUCAAAAAAGGGGAAAAAUGUACGUGUAUAUGUGCGACGUGCAUGAAUAAUCGUGAAUUCGCACAGUAUGUUAUACACGAUGUUAGUGUAUGUGUACUCUGACCUGAUGGUCGUUUUUAUUUGUGAAAAAAAAAAAGUAAUAUACUGCUAGUAUUUUCGAAGAA